GCUCCGUACCAACCCCCAGCAGCCCCCAGCAGGCCAGAACAUGGCAGGACCACACCGAAAUGUGCCCGACAAACCCCCUGGUGUGCCCCUCAAGCCCACUAGUAAACUGGGUCCGCUGGGAAAGAAGAGGGUGUUGGAAACCCCAGCGAGUGCAUCUGCCUUGAAACGACCACGGCCUACACUGGCAGGAGGAGAUGGAGGACCGGGGGUAUUUCUCAAUCCAUUCCCUGAACCCUUCGACCCAGGCAUGAGUGUUAGUGAAUCUGAAGAGUUGACCCGAAGGAUACACCAGCGGAUGGAUCAGGAUUCGAGCGAGGCCAUGAGCGAGAUUGAGCAAGCGACCGAAGACAUCAAUUCAGCUAUUGAUCCCAGCCUUCGAGAUAUGGAGCCCACGUCAGCCUUGACUGAACAGCGUCUCAGCCACGAACGUGUACCUACGCUAGACAGUGGUCCCAUCCAAAAUGCAGCCUAUAUGCAUCCCCAAGGGCGCGGGAGUGUAUCUGCUUCACGUGCACCAGCCUCAGCUCCUUCUCGACCUGUUUCAACUUCUAUACGAGGUCCUACCCCCGAUGCAGUGACUGCGAGUCGAACACGUUUGGUGACUCCAAGCACUACCGGCAGUGCAUUCGAACCUACCUCACGUCGUCUAGGAGCACCACCUCUCAAACCGUCAGCACCAUCCAGUCAGUUUCGAACUCCCGACAUACCUCCUGUUCGUCGCGCGGGCUUCUCAAUUAGCACCGAACCUUCACAGCGUGCAGCUGCAACAUCACUAUCGAGCUCGCGAGUCACUAGUGCUGCAUUUACAGACAAAAUUGCGAACCUGGAUACCAUUGUCGCACAGCUUUCUGAGAAAGUCGAUCGGUUGACGCUGCAAAGUAGAGAAUCAGCUGAAAUCAAGCCUCGAAUUGAAGAACUCACCCAAGAGAACAAUAUGCUGCGAGCAAAUGUCGAAGAUCACCGUGCUGCGAUACAUGAACUCGAAGCAACUGUUGAUGCACAGAGUGCAUCACUGGAAGAACUGCUCACAUUGAUCAAUGGACUUAGGUCUGCCGGAGCCACACCACCAACAGUCAAGUCGGUUGACAAAGCAACAAAAGCAGUUCGCGACAACGUGUUUAAUAAUGCAAUACGGCACACCUUCUUCCACGCAAUGGGGAUUUCCGAUUCCAAGCAGGCAACGUCAUUGGGCGUCCUUGACGACGGUUCGUUCUGGUUCAAGUGCCCAACACGAGACGCGAAUCUUCUGCGACCGAACUUUGCUGGAUCGUGGUCAGAGAAUGCGGAUUGGCGGGAUGAUAUGGUCCGCUACAUCCGACUAAAAGCCUGUGAAGUUUUUGCUCAGCUUCCCGUUGACCAUCUCUCGCAAAAAACGGAUACCGAUAUCAUCAAACAGCUGAAGGAGGUGUUUGAGAACACCAGGGGGUCCAUCAAAAAAGGAAGCAAGGGGCAAGAUGCACUGGAGGCAAGAAAUCGCAAGCAGCGACAGACUGCUCGAAAGAAUCGCAAAAACAUAGAGAGAUCAGCAAUUGAAAUACGAAAAGAGACGGGAACAGAUGGACCUGAGUGGGAUUGGUUCUUCCAAGUUGGUUAUCAAUCAACGGAUGAAUCCGACGGUGGUGGUACUCACAAUGGUAAACGUGUGGUUGACUUCGCAUCAGACAGCGAGACCGCUCAAGUACCGCCAAUCAAGAAAUCUUCGAAGUCCAAGAAUGCGGACACAGUAUGGACCUCUCGUCCUCCGUGUUAUCGUGGCGAACAGGUCAAUGAGAAAGUUAGCCUGAUCAACGACGCUGUCAAUAAAAGAAGAGCGGAUCGAAAAAACUUCAUUGUUCCCAUCGUCGUAGGUGAAAAACGUGACAAAGAUCUCCCAAAGCCCGCAAACAACAAACUCAAGAUCCGACGGGAGUUCAUCAAUCCUGCCUGGCUUGCGGAGAAUUCACAAAUGGAUGUCCCAUCCCGAGUCGAUGCUGAUGCUCCAACACGACCCUGCGACCCUGACGCCAGUCGUGGACUCGGAGAUGAAUAUGUCAGCGGAAAUGACACACUGUAUGAUGGGGGUGAUGAAGAUGAUCUGGAAGAAUAA